AUGCGGCGAUGGAGUCGAUUUACCAUGAUAUCUGCACUGUUAUGUCUUUCUCGCUCUAAUGCCACCUUGAAAAUGGCACGUAAUAUACAGAAGGUCCCCACGGUGGCAAUGGAGGAUGUGGAGGAAGCAGUGGAUGACACGGAAGAUGCCGCCGAUGUUGAAACGGAUGGCAAGGAUGAAACAAUUGUUGAGAUGGACGAGGUGAGAAUGCAGGCAUUGCCCAAAACAUACAGAAGGUCGUCGCCGAAGGAGUCAUGUCUUUCCGUGGAAGAGAGACGACAGCUUACACGGAUGAUUUUUGAGACUCAUUACGCCUCACUGGGAGAAGGAAAGGAGGACAGAGCAAUGUGGUAUCAGAGUGCACUGGAGGUGCAGUGGCUAGAGGAGUGGGCUCUGGCCGAGGGAGGGAACCAGAAGGAUGCCGCACGACGUGCGGUGAAGAAGGCGGUGUUGCAACGCGUCGACCUGCAUAAGCCUCUUGCGUACAUUAUAGGAAAUCAGCCUUUUUAUGGAUGCAAUAUCCACUGCUUCCCUCCGCUUCUUUGUCCACGACCGGAGACAGAGAUGUGGACUCACUGGUUUGUUCAACGCCAUCUGUCUCGUGCAACAGCCGAUGAAAAGUCUCCGCUACGUGUAUUAGAUAUGUGCUGUGGCACUGGUUGUGUAGGUAUUGCCAUCGCUGUGCAUUUACCGCACACAGAAGUCGUGGCAGUUGAUGUUAUGGAGGAGGCCGUGAAAGUGUCUGAGGAGAAUGCAAGGCGGAAUGGGAUUCAUGUAUCGCGUUAUCGUGCAAUCAAAAGCGACAUGUUUGAGGCUUUUGUUGAGCUUGACGAUACUUCCAGUAGCGGGAAAAACAAAGAGGGAAUAAGUGAGAAUAAGAAGACACAAAUAGCAGAUUUGCACGUGGGCUCGUUUGAUAUCAUCGUCUCAAAUCCCCCUUACGUGUUGCCAGAACAGUACGUCCAGCUUCAUCCUGGCAUCAAACUCUGGGAAUCGAAAAUUGCCCUGGUGGGCGAUGCCAAGAGGGAAAACCACCAGUACCUUUAUUUCCAGGAGCUGUGCGAAAUGGGAUCCGUCAUGCUGAAGCCGAAAGUGCGCCGCAAUGCAACUCUCGCGAGUGCGCCAAAUUUCAUUGUGGAGGUGGGUCUGCAGGCGGAGCGUGUGGCUUCUCUCAUGGAACGGAGCGCUUUGUGGGAAGAUGUGGAGGUUCAUCUUGACUACGCACAGCAGCCGCGCUGGAUAACCGCCUCUUCCUCCCAUUAA